UGGCUCGGGCCCCUGUGGUGAUCUCUGUUUACCGAGAGAGCUCGUCGAAGUUGGGCUCCAUCGCUGCUCUCGCUCCCCUUCGGGGCCCCCGCCCGCCUGGGAAGCGGAGAGAAAGCCGGGCCCAGCCCUUCCUCGCCCUUCCCCUCCCCGCACAGCCCGGAGAGGUCGGACGGCGAUGACCCCCCAGCCCGCCGGACCCCCGGACGGGGGCUGGGGCUGGGUGGUGGCGGCCGCAGCCUUCGCGGUGAACGGACUGUCCUACGGGCUGCUGCGCUCGCUGGGCCUUGCCUUCCCUGACCUUGCCGAGCACUUUGACCGAAGCGCCCAGGACACUGCGUGGAUCAGCGCCCUGGCCCUGGCGGUGCAGCAGGCAGCCAGCCCCGUGGGCAGCGCCCUGAGCACGCGCUGGGGAGCCCGCCCGGUGGUGAUGGUUGGGGGCGUCCUCGCCUCGCUGGGCUUCGUCUUCUCGGCUUUCGCCCGCACUCUGCUGCACCUCUACCUCGGCCUGGGCCUCCUCGCUGGUGAGGGAAGUGGGAUGCCCGGGUCAUUCAGGGUGAAGGUGGGGACAGGAGCUUGUGGGACCUGGGGUAGCGAACGAGGCGAGGGCCUGGUGCGGAGAGCAGGACUGGGAAUGCUGGGGCGGGCGUCCCCAGUGCCGGCCCCCAUCCCUUCCCAUUCAUUCGCAGGCUCUGGUUGGGCCCUGGUGUUCGCCCCUGCCCUAGGCACCCUCUCGCGUUACUUCUCCCGCCGUCGAGUCUUGGCGGUGGGGCUGGCGCUCACCGGCAACGGGGCCUCCUCGCUGCUCCUGGCGCCAGCCUUGCAGCUUCUCCUGGAUACUUUCGGCUGGCGGGGCGCUCUGCUCCUCCUCGGCGCGAUCACCCUCCACCUCACCCCCUGUGGCGCCCUGCUGCUACCCCUGGCCCUUCCUGGCGACCCCCCAGCCCCACCGCUUAGUCCCUUAGCUGCCCUCGGCCUGGGUCUCUUCACACGCCGGGCCUUCUCUAUCUUUGCUCUAGGCACAGCCCUGGUUGGGGGCGGGUACUUCGUUCCUUACGUGCACUUGGCCCCCCACGCUUUAGACCGGGGCCUGGGGGGAUACGGGGCAGCGCUGGUGGUGGCCGUGGCUGCCGUGGGCGAUGCGGGCGCCCGGCUGGUCUGCGGGUGGCUGGCAGACCAAGGCUGGGUGCCUCUCCCGCGGCUGCUGGCCGUAUUCGGGGCUCUGACUGGGCUGGGGCUGUGGGUGGUGGGACUGGUGCCCGUGGUGGGGGGCGAAGAGAGCUGGGGGGGUCCCCUGCUGGCCGCGGCUGUGGCCUAUGGGCUGAGCGCGGGGAGUUACGCCCCGCUGGUUUUCGGUGUGCUCCCUGGGCUGGUGGGCAUCGGAGGCGUGGUGCAGGCCACGGGACUGGUGAUGAUGCUGAUGAGCCUCGGGGGGCUCCUGGGCCCUCCCCUGUCAGGCUUCCUGAGGGAUGAGACAGGAGACUUCACCACCUCUUUCCUCGUGUCUGGCUCUUUGAUCCUCUCGGGCAGCUUCAUCUACAUAGGGUUGCCCAAGGCGCUGCCCUCCUGUGGUCCAGCCUCCCCUCCAGCCACGCCUCCCCCAGAGAGGGGGGAGCUGCUUCCCGCUCCCCAGGCAGUCUUGCUGUCCCCAGGAGGCCCUCGCUCCACUCUGGACACCACUUGUUGAUUAUUUUCUUGUUUGAGCCCCUCCCCCAAUAAAGAAUUUUUAUUGGGUU